AACCCAAGGAAGACGAAAAUCCAAAAGAACCCAAGGAAGACGAAAAUCCAAAAGAACCUAAGGAAGAUGAAAAUCCCAAAGAACCUGAAAAUCCAAAAGAACCCAAGGAAGACGAAAAUCCCAAAGAACCCAAGGAAGAUGAAAAUCCCAAAGAACCUGACAACCCCAAAGGAAAUGAUGAAAUUCCAUGUAGCGAAAAUGGUAUAAUGGUCUGUGGUAAAGAAGGUGAAAGUGGUGAAUUCCUUACAUGUGAUAAUGGUAAAAUGGUUUCAAGAACUUGUCCCGGAGUACUAACAUGCAAGCAAAAUGGUAAAUCAAUCUUGUGUGAUUUUCCAAAUAGAAGAUAA